AUAUGAAAAUAAUUAUUCUAUGCACAUAUCAUUUUUAUUUUUUUUAUUAAUACACUCAAAUCAGGAGGAGGCAGGAGGAAGAAAGAAAACAAAUAAUCCAGAGCGGUGGACCGUGUGGAUUUUCCUUUUUCUGCUUGUUUUGCAAAAAUUUGCAAAAAUACAAAACAUUUGUUGGGGGGGGGCAGAGAGAGAGAGUGGAUAAGCAAAAACAACACAUUGGAGAAUUGCGACUGAAAUAGCGUUUUGUUUAAAAAAACAUGGAUCAUGCUGCAAUUGAGCAAACGCACUCACAACACGAGCCCAUAAACUUUGGAAUUGAUCAGAUCCUGAACAAUUCGGAGCCAGGGAGUUGCAUGCACCCGAACCGAGUUGCUGAGUCGGAUUACCAGGUGGCAACCAACGUGUACAACUCCCAGCCUGAUGGCUACAGUAAUGCUUACAAUAACGCCUGCAGUAUGGCCGGAUUGCCGGGAUCCUAUAAUGUUAACAUGUCUAUGAAUAUGAAUGUAAGUAUGAAUAUGAAUCUUAAUAUGAACAGCGGGGCCGGGGUGAUCCGAGUGCCCGCGCACAGACCUAUACCUCCUCCACCUCUGUCGGCCGGGAUGCCAACUGUGCCCUGUCUCCCCAGCAUGGGCAACAUGGCAAACUUAUCUAAUUUAACUUUCCCCUGGAUGGAGAGCAGCAGGCGGUUUGCCAAAGACAGAUUAACAGACCUUAUUCCUGGCGGUUAUGGAAGGGACAUUUUAGAUGUGGUGAUCAACGGUAGUGAAGGAAUGGACUUUCCGAGGCAGACGGCUGAGGAACGGGAAGCUGAGAGGCAGCAGGCGAACCGACUGAUGAUUCAGCUCCAGCAAGAGGCCUUUCAGAAAUCGCUGACUCAGCCCGUUCAGCCUGACCCCCUGUGUCUGCACAAUGCCUCACUAUAUGCCCUGCAGAACCUCCAGCCCUGGGCAGAUGACAGCAGCAAAAUCACUUCCGUGACUUCAGUGGCAUCGGUGGUUUGAAUGACCAUAACACCGGCAAUCGUUCCGGGAACUUUCCUUUUCUCUCCCCACUGGCAGAGACACUGAAAGCCCCCCCAUACCAAAUCGUGCUGCACAUUACUGUAUAUUACUGGCCGGAAUCUUUUCUUUUUAAAAUGUAAAGUAUAGUUAUCAGAGACACACAUGAAAAAAAAACUCGCUAAAAGGUUAUUGCAAUGUGAAAAAAAAA